GGCUGCCUUUUACUUAUUUCGCUUUGGAAUUUCUCGCCGACGCCGCCGCCGCAGCCGCAAGCCGAAAAUAAAAGCGUCGGCAACUCAACUCCAGUGCAGCAGCAGCAGCAGAGCCAGCCGGUAGCCAGCAGCAGAGAGCGGAGCAAAAUAAGAAAACACCCACACAGUUUGAUUUUCCAGAUCGAAUUUUACGCGAAUCUCAAAGAUGACCACCUACUUCAACUAUCCCAGCAAGGAGCUGCAGGAGGAGCUCAGAACCAUUGCCCAGGCGAUCGUUGCCCCUGGCAAGGGAAUUCUCGCCGCCGAUGAGUCUGUCUCGACCAUGGGCAAGCGCCUGAAGGAUAUUGGCGUGGAGAACACCGAUGAGAACCGUCGCGCCUACCGCCAGCUCCUGUUCACCUCUGAUGAUAAGCUCGCCGAGAACAUUUCCGGCGUCAUUCUCUUCGACGAGACUGUGUACCAGAAGGCCGAUGAUGGCACCACCUUCAUCCAGUGCUUGAGGAAGAAGGGCAUCAUUCCCGGUAUCAAGGUCGAUACUGGUGUCGUGCCUCUGAUGGGCUCCGAGGAUGAGUCGACCACUCAGGGUCUGGAUGAUCUGGCCAAGCGUUGCGCCAAGUACAAGAAGGAGGGCUGCGAUUUCGCCAAAUGGCGUUGCGUCCUGAAGAUUGGCAAGAACACACCUUCAUACCAGGCCAUCCUGGAGAAUGCCAAUGUGUUGGCCCGCUAUGCCUCCAUCUGCCAGUCGGAGCGCAUUGUUCCCAUUGUGGAGCCAGAGGUACUGCCCGAUGGUGAGCACGAUCUGGAUCGCGCUCAGAAGGUCACCGAAACCGUUCUGGCCGCCGUCUACAAGGCCCUGAACGAUCACCACGUCUACCUGGAGGGCACUCUCCUCAAGCCCAACAUGGUCACCGCUGGCCAGGGAGCCAAGAAGAACACACCCGAGGAGAUUGCUCUGGCAACCGUCACGGCACUGCGCCGCACUGUGCCCUCUGCUGUUCCCGGCGUCACCUUCCUGUCGGGUGGACAGUCUGAGGAGGAGGCCACCGUUAACUUGAGCGCCAUCAACAAUGUUCCACUGACCCGCCCCUGGGCUCUGACCUUCUCGUACGGUCGCGCCCUGCAGGCAUCCGUGCUGCGCGCCUGGGGUGGCAAGAAGGAGAACGUUGCCGCUGGACAGGGUGAGCUCAUCAAGCGCGCCAGGGCUAACGGUGAGGCUUCCGUGGGCAAAUACGUUGCUGGCAGCGCCGGCUCCGGCUCUGGCUCUUUGUUCGUUGCCAACCACGCCUACUAAGGCGGGCAGCAACAACACCAAGCAGCAGAUAAUAAAAACAAAGCUAAUUGCUGAGCAAAAAAAAAAACACAAUUUUUGCAGCAAUUUUCUUUAUUUAUUUUGUAAGUUACAAGAAAGCAAAAGCAAAAAAGCAAGCAAAAAAGUUUAAAAAAAAAAUUUACCACAAGAAUGUUUGAAAAAUGAAAAAAUUAUGUUUAUUGAGAAGCAAAUUUACUUUUAGUUCUAAGCACAAAAGCAAAACGAAAUGUUGAAGUUAUGCAAAUUAUAUAUAUAUUAUACGAUGAUUAUAAUGAUGAUUAUUAUGUAAUAUUUCAAUGUUCGAAAUCCACUUGCAAAAAGCAUGUCGUAAAUCGUAAUCGCAGGUAAAGCCAACAACAUCAAAGAUUUUUAACAUUGAAAUCACAUGAGUUUCUUAUGUUUUUACUUAUUCAUUAAUAUUUUGCAAUGUUUGUAUACAAAAAGCUAUGAGAAAAAUUUUUCAUAAUUAUUAUUAUUACACUUUAUAUUUAUGAUUAUGAUUGUAAUUAUAAGUGAACAAAAGGAAGCAAAUAAACAAACGCAAUCGAAAUAAAAACAAAAAACAAAAACUAACCCAAAAGUCAACAAAUCUAUAACAUAUAAUUUUUAUCGGCAGAAUCAAGCUGAUCUAUAUCUAUUUCAAUACAAAAAUGCAUGAACGAAAAUAAAACAUUGUUAUUGCUAAAAAGCAGAGUUUAUUAAACAAAACAAAAA